AUGAAAGUUGUCAAGUCUGCAAAACAUUAUACAGAAACUGCACUUGAUGAAAUCAAAUUAUUAGAACGUGUAGCUGAAGCAGACUCAACUUGUUUAGGUGCUCAAUAUGUAACAGCAGUUGUUGAUCAUUUUAUGGUAAAGGGGCCUAAUGGUACACAUGUAUGUAUGACAUUUGAGGUUUUGGGUGAAAAUCUUUUAUCGCUCAUUAAACGAUACAAAAGUCGAGGCAUUCCUGUCAAUCUUGUAAAACAGAUUUCUAAACAAAUGUUACUUGGUCUUGAUUAUCUACAUCGAAAAUGUGGCAUCAUCCAUACUGAUUUAAAACCUGAAAAUGUUCUCAUGUAUCUCGAAAAUGCUGAAGAAUUAUUAAAACAAUUGGAGAUGAAUAACAAAGUUGAUGGUGAUGAAUCUACAAACUAUGAGAAUAGUUUUUCACCCAAUAGUCGAAGUAGAGGUAGAAGCCCUGUCAGAAAACAUCGACAUGUGAAAAUGGUUCCUUCGCAACCACUAUCUUCUGAAAACGAUGUUAUUACUGAGGACGAAAGAGGAAGAAAUAGCUCAGGGAAACAGAAUACUUCUAGUCAAAGACAUAAUAAUAUCCAGAUGAAUGGUCAUGAUGAAACUAUUAAAAUCAAAAUAGCUGAUCUUGGAAAUGCUUGUUGGGUUAAUCAUCAUUUUACUGAAGAUAUUCAAACAAGACAAUAUCGUUCACCAGAAGUAAUUUUUGGAGGCAAAUGGGAUUGUGGAGCAGACAUAUGGAGUUUAGCAUGCAUGAUUUUUGAACUAUUAACUGGGAACUAUUUAUUUGAUCCUCAAAAGGGUUCAAGAUUUAAUAGAGAUGAUGAUCAUCUUGCUCAAAUUAUUGAAUUAAUGGGACCUAUUAAAAAAAAUUUUGCACUAUCAGGAAAAAAUUCAUCAGAGUUUUUUAAUCAUAGAGGGGACCUUCGUCACAUUCACAGACUUAAAUAUUGGUCAUUAGAAGACGUUCUUCAUGAUAAAUAUGGAUACCGUCGGCAUGAAGCGGAGGAAAUAGCAAGCUUUUUAAAUCCUAUGCUUGCUUAUGAAAAUAGAGCAAGUGCAUCUGAAUUAAUAACACAUCCUUGGUUACAUGGAGUAGAGCCUAUAUUAUCCGAAGAAGGCCUCAAUAGAACACAUUGGAGGACAGAUCGCCCCUGGAGGGACUGGGAAAGGGAAUAUAGAAAGAGAAGACAACGAUAG